GGAAGGGGCGCCCGCUUUUUCGUCCUUCUGGCUUCCAGUUCCGGCCGGCGGGGUGAUUGAUGCCGGCGGCGGCAGAAGCUUAGAAGAAGCAGGGGGCGAGCCGCCUCGCGAAGGCAGCGCAGGACUUUCCUGGGCGCGCAGCCCCCGGGGCGGGGGGAGGGUGUGGCGCCGCCCUUUGCCUUUUAUCAAGACACUCGACUUGAGUCAUUCGAUUGGAAGGACGACGAGGCCACGCGCGCGAUGUGUGCCGUCGGGCAUCGCGGUGCGUGGAUGUCCCGGCCCGCAAAACUGCAUCCUUAUCGAUAGGGCGACGCUAUACGGCAACCCGUAUCAUAUCAAAGACGCCGCGGGUGUAACACCGGGCGGAGGAGCGCCGGCCAUCAGCCGUAGGAAGAUGAAGCUAUCAAAAACGCCAAGGACGUCUUACUUUCCCACGGUUCCACCGGUUCCGCAAAUGCCGGCCCGACCGUGCCAAAAACGUGAGCGCCCUUCUUUGUGCCGUUUGCAGGCGGGCGGCCAGGGGGGGCCCGUCGGUCGUUUCGCUUUGCCGGCCCCUCCGCAUGCCGCCCGGCCCCAUUGGGUGGCCCGGGUGCCGAUUGCGGCUUUGUUGGUGGUCUGGCUCCUCCUGGCUGCCCCUGUGCGUGCCUGGCAAGCCUCUUGUGGAUUGAUUGUGGGUGGGGCCCGCCCGAGAGAGGUCCGCCAAGGCAUUCGGCGCACGAUUGCCAGGGCGCUCGACCGUACGAUGGGCGCUGGUUCUGGUCGCCCGGAGGACAUGGGGCGUCUGUAUCGCCCGAGCUUUUCUGCUUUUUUGCCAGCCCUUUUCCGUGGCGCCGCCAUCCCGGGGCUUGAGUUAUGUUUUGGCGCGGCCGCGUUGCUUGCAACUGCUGCAAGAUUAUUUACAUGCAUACCUAGCAGCCCUCAUUGACGGGCAUAGCCCACACAUCUACAGC